AUGGUUGAGACUCCGAUUAAUGGGCGAAUAAGGCAGGCUUUUACAGUUGUAAACGGCGGGCACGAUGUUGGCUUGACUAGUACUCCUCCAAGCAUUGCUGGAUCGGAUUAUGGUGUGAUAGAGUUCACAAGAGAGGAUGUCGAGGCAUUGCUAAAUGAAAAAGCUAAAAAGAAAGAGAGGUUUAAUUAUAAGGAAAGAUGUGAAAAUAUGGUGGAUUAUAUAAAAAGGCUUAAGGUUUGUAUUAAAUGGUUCCAAGACAUUGAGAUGAGCUACUCAAUAGAGCAGGAAAAGUUAAAAAAUUCAUUGGAAAUGACCCAGCAAAAGAGUGUAGAAAUCGAGUUGCUGCUUAAAAUAAAGGAAGAGGAAAUGAACUUAAUUAUUACAGAAAUGAGAAAGAAUUGCACUUCAUUACAAGAGAAAUUGAUAAAGGAAGAAGUAGAGAAGUCGGCUGCAGUGGAUUCCCUUGUUAAAGAGAGAGAAGCAAGACUUGAUGUUGAGAGGUCACACACCACUCUUUCCGAGGAUAUCGGAAGAGCUCAACGAGAGAUUCAAAGUGCGAAUCAGAAGAUAUCGUCACUCAAUGAGAUGUAUAAGCGGUUACAAGAAUACAUAACGAGUUUACAACAGUACAAUGGAAAACUUCAUACGGAGCUUUCAUCAGUUGAAGAUGAACUUAAACGCGUAGAGAAAGAGAAGGCUGCUGCAAUGGAGAACAUCACUAUGUUAAGUGCUCAACUUACUUUAUCCAUUUCUUCUCAAGAAGAAGCCACAAAACAGAAGGACGAUCUUGCUAGUGAAGUUGCUUCACUCAGAGGAGAGUUGCAUCAAGUAAGAGAUGAUAGAGACCGUCAUUUAUCUCAAGCACAAACUUUAAAUGCUGAUUUGGUGAGACUAAAAGAAUCUAGGGAAAACUCCUGCGUUGAAUUGGACAGCUUGACAUUAAAAGCGAAUGAAUUAGAGGAAAAAAGUUCUCUGAAAGAGAAUCAAAUAAAGGCAUUGCAAGAACAGUUAGCAACUGCAGAGAAGAAACUGCAGGUGUCUGAUAUAUCGGUAUUCGAGACAAGAACAGAGUUUAUAGGGCAACAAAAAUUUGUUGAUGAGUUGCAAAGACGCUUGGAAGAUGCAGAAUAUAAACUCAUAGAAGGGGAGAGGCUGCGGAAAAAAUUACACAAUACCAUUUUGGAGUUAAAAGGGAACAUCCGUGUAUUCUGUCGGGUGAGGCCUUUGUUACACGAUGAAAACCGUAGCACAGAAGGCAAGAUAUUCAGUUAUCCAACAUCGACGGAAGCUUCUGGACGGCAAAUUGACUUAGCCCAAAAUGGCCAGAAACAUUCUUUCACAUUUGAUAAAGUUUUUAUACCUGAAGUAUCACAGGAAGAAGUUUUUGUAGAAAUUUCACAGCUUGUACAAAGUGCUCUUGAUGGUUAUAAGGUUUGCAUCUUCGCCUAUGGUCAAACUGGAUCAGGGAAAACCUAUACAAUGAUGGGAAGACCUGGACACCCGGAGGAAAAGGGAUUGAUACCUCGUUCGUUAGAACAGAUAUUUCAAACGAAACAGUCUCAACAACCUCAAGGCUGGAAAUACGAGAUGCAGGUAUCAAUGUUGGAAAUAUACAAUGAAACCAUUCGUGAUCUGAUGUCGAUAAGAUCGUCAUCGGAAAAUGGCACUCCUGGAAAGCAAUAUACAAUCAAACAUGAUGCAAGUGGAAAUACACAAGUUUCUGAUCUUACAGUAGUGGAUGUUCACAGUGCGAAAGAAGUCGCCUUUCUUUUAAAUCAAGCUGCAAAUAGCAGAUCUGUGGGAAAAACUCAGAUGAAUGAACAAUCAUCAAGAAGCCAUUUCGUGUUCACUCUUCGAAUAUAUGGUGUAAAUGAGAGCACUGACCAACAAGUACAAGGUGUUCUGAAUCUAAUUGACCUUGCUGGUAGCGAGCGUCUCUCGAAGAGUGGUUCAACCGGUGAUCGGUUGAAAGAAACUCAAGCCAUCAACAGAAGUUUGUCAUCAUUGAGCGAUGUCAUAUUUGCCUUGGCCAAGAAGGAAGACCAUGUGCCAUUCAGAAACUCAAAGCUUACAUAUCUUCUUCAACCUUGUCUCGGUGGAGACUCGAAGACGUUAAUGUUUGUAAACAUCUCACCCGAUCCUUCUUCGGUUAGCGAGUCACUAUGCUCACUCAGGUUUGCUUCGAGAGUCAAUGCUUGUGAGAUUGGAACUCCACGUCGCCAGACCAAUGGCCGUGCAACAGACGCUCGUUUGAGCUAUUUCUAA